AUGAAAGACGGAAUUCAGAAUCAUCCAAUAGAGCUAUGGUGCGGCGACAAGUUUUACUCCAAGACCUUCCCUCCAGGCACGGAAUUCCCAGAUAACACUACCCCUGAGGAGCGCGCGAAGUGUUACUGGGAUACCAGGCCGAAGGAAAGAGGCGGCCAACGCAUUAUAGAGAAUACACACGGAUGCAAAGGCAAUACGAUUGCUAUGGUUGAAGGUAUCAACCUAGGGACUGAAAUGUUUGACCUUCUCAUCAUUUGCCCAAAGUGGUUCGAUACCUACUGGUUUGAACAGCCCUCAAUGACUGCCCUACGUGGACAACAAUUUGAGGUGAAAAAGAAACAUAUAAGUGAAAUAGGCCGCCAGCUUGCCACUACUCUGAUUCAUGAACUUAGCCAUUCGCGAGUCCUCCUUGACAAAAGAAGAACGUAUGAUAUUAUUGGGGAAAAGUCUGCGUAUGGAUUCAAGGAAGUCUAUUUCCAUGCGAAGAAUAACCCCAACAAUGCCUUGAGAAACGCUGCUGAUUCGCCGGUUCAAGCAAUGUACCUUGAAGGAUAUAACUGGUCGACAGGAUUCAACGAGGCGAUGUUCGAGGAGGCUCCGCUUAAGAACACUCUUCGUGGAUAA